AUUCGAAAUUGAUAGAUAAGAUUACUGAACUUGAAAAAGAAAACAUCAAAAUUAAAGGUGAGAAUGCGGAGUUAAAACAGGGCAUAGAUGAACUUAAAAAAGAACUAGAAUUUAAGAAAAAUCGAAAAUUUCAGGAGAAAUGUAUCCUAAUAGCCCAGAUACUUCUUAAUGAGGAACCCAUAGUUGAAUAUCGUACAUCGUUUAUGGAAGGAUUAGAACUUGAUGCUUUCUUCCAACAUAUUAAAAAACUUGAGGAUAUUGUUAAUCAUGAUCGGAAAAAACGAUGCAUAUGUCAAGAUAAUGGAAUUUUUCUUAUUAAGGUAUGGCACAAUGAAAAUCCAGAAAUUGUUAUUCCUAAAAGGAUACAAAAAGUUAAGGCGUUUAUUUGUAUAGUAUCCAAAA